AUGAAGCGCAAGGCUGAAUCCUCCGCCGCUGGUCGGCAACCCGUCAAGCGCCGGUCCAAGACGAGUCUCGCCCCCGAAGCCGCCAAGCAGAGAUUCCGCAAGGGCCUGUUCGACCGCGCCCACGCCGUGAUCCACAAGCUCGUCGACGACGCCCUGUUGCGCCGCGUGCGCACCGAGAUCCGCGACAACGUCUCCUUCACCCCCAAGGAGACGGACAUUUACAAGAUCCACCAGUCGGGCGACCUCGCCAACCUCGACGGCCUCGACGAUGACGCCCUGGCCAAGCUCCCCUCCCUGCUCGCCCUCCGCGACGCCGUCUACUCGGAGACCUUUCGCAACUACGUCUCCCACAUCACCGGCUGCGGGCCCCUGAGCGGCCGCAAGACCGACAUGGCCAUCAACGUCUACACCCCGGGCUGCUUCCUCCUCUGCCACGACGACGUCAUUGGCAGCCGCAAGGUCAGCUAUAUCCUCUACCUCACCGAUCCGGACACGCCCUGGAAGCCCGAGUGGGGCGGCGCCCUGCGUCUCUUCCCCAUCCAAGAGUCCACCAAUCCCGACGGCGUCGUCGCCAAGACCCCGCUCCCCGACAUCGCCAAGCCUGGCGAGAGCUUCCAUGACGUCGAGGAGGUCUACCACCCCGACUCGCCCCAGCAGCUCGAUGCCGACGGCGGCCGCAUCCGCAUGGCCAUUAGCGGCUGGUUCCACAUCCCCCAGAUUGGCGAGGACGGCUAUGUCGAGGGCGCCGAGGAGGAGCAGGUCAAGAACAGCGGCUUGAUGCAGCUCCAGGAAACCCUGACCAAUACGAUCGGCCCCUCCCCGCACCGUCGCCUUCCUCCUCAAGUACAUCUCCCCAGCUACCUCACCCCCGACACACUCGAGCAAAUCUCGGAUCACUUUGACGAGACCUCGAGCAUCACCCUACCCAACAUUCUCGCCCCAAGUUCGCCGCCCGCCUGCGCCAGAGGAGUCCCCGUGACCGAGCUCCUCGACGUCUUCCUUCCCAGCCGCCAGUUCCGUCAGUGGCUGCAGCUCGCCACCCGCUGCACCGUCGAGGGCCACGACCUCCUCGCCCGCCGCUUCCGUCGCGGCCUCGACUACACCCUUGCCACCGGCCACGAGGGCAAGCCUCGCAUCGAGCUCAAUAUUGGCUUCACGCCCACCACCGGCUGGGGCGCUGACGAGGAUGAGGAUGAAGAAGAGGAGGAAGAAGAGGAAGAAGAAGAAGAAGAGGAGCGCAACGGAAAGACCAACGGCAAGGCCCCCGCGUGGAACACCCUCUCCCUCGUCUUCCGCGACAGCGGUGCCCUCCGCUUCGUCAAGUACGUCAGCCGCUCCGCCAACGGCGACCGCUGGGAUAUCGCGGGCACCUACGAGGUCGAGGAGCAGCCCGACGAGGCCCACGACGCGGCCAAGAAGAGGGCGGGCGGAGGCGGCGGCGACGGAGAAGGGGAGGACGAGGACGAGGAGUCGACGCAGGAACGGGGAGCCGCCCCUUGGCGAGUCGGAGGAUGA